CGGAACUAAAGUGGCGGUCAUGUGAUUCCAGUCAGGACCCGAUUAGCGGCCGCACUGUUUACCUUCCGCUGCACACAGAAACAGCGGAGAGGAGGAAUGUCCGACUAUCUUUCAAAAUGUAUUCUCACGGUUCAGAGAGUUUAAUUAAACAAGCGAGGGAGAUUCAGGAUUCUGAGCUGCAGAAGUUUUACGGCAGGUUAGUCAAGCUGCUCCAGGGGAAGGAGCUCGGCCAUGAGGCUGUCGACUCCCUCCAGAGGCUGCACCUCAUCCUCUCUGCCAACAAAUACAUCAGGACGUUGCCCGCAGAGCUUCAGAAGAGGCUUCAAUUGCUCCUCUCAUCACCCGCUGAGCAGUUUCAGGUGCUGGGCUCAGCUGUGCUCAGAGAGACGCUGCCUCCCUCUGGCCAGCAUGUGAACUACAGCCAGGAGAACAUCAGUCAGCUGAACAGCCAUGCUGCUGCGCUGCUGCUCUCACAGGCUGGAUCCAGGGCUGACCUGUCGUCUCUGUGCGCUCAGCUCCUUCGCAGUCUGGAAAGCCGACAAUCAGAGGGGCCAUCUCACUUGCUCAUACACACCCUGCCGAUCCUCAACACCAUUCUCACACACAGCCCCAAGUGUCUCACCGAAGAUCACGUGACCUUGCUGAGUAAAAAGCUUGUGGAUUGGUUGCGUUAUGCCAGCAUCACUCAGGGAGGCGGCGCUUCCUCAGGAGGAUUCUUCACAGGGCAGAGGUUGCGUCAGCCGGUGCCGAUUGCAGAGCUGGAUGGAACGGUGUCAAGUGAUUUCUUCACCGUGCUGUGUGUGGGCCAGGGCUUCACCGAGGACCAGUGGAUGAACGUCUACUCCUUUUCCAUGCUUCGCCAUUGGCUCCUCACCUACCACUCUGUUUCCAACGGCAACAGCACAGCUGACACCGCACAGAGGCUGCAGCACAGCCUCUCCCUCUCCCACUCCCACUCCUUUUCUAACGAUGACCGGUCAGAGGUGGACGGAUCAGUGGUUUCCAUGGUUUCGGCGACUUCCUCCUCCAGCCGAUUGCUCCCUCCAAAGGAGCGCCUGAGAGAGAAGGCUUUCCAGUACUGCCAGCGCCUCAUCGAACAGAGCGAUCGCAAGGCACUCAAAAGGACAGACACAGACCUGCAGAAAGCGUGUCUGGUGGAGGCAGUGUGUAUCCUGGACAGUGUGUGUGAAGAGGACGCCUCGCUGGUCUUCCGAACGUUCCCUUGCAUCAAGGCACUCUUCGGUCGGCUCAGCUCAGACUUGUCGUUCGCCCGAGUCCUGCUGCCCAUAGCUCAGUUCUACCUCAACCAUGGCGAGGUGGCUGCAGUGGACUGCGAGGGAGUGUGGAAGCUCGUGUUUGGCCGAUUCCCUGCCGAGCUGUUUAACGACCACUUCCUGGCACAUGAGCUGCUACGCUUCCUUCGACUGAACCUCGAGAGCCUGCAGCUCCGAGUCCCACAGUACACACGCUCCUUCCCAAACCUGCUGAAGUUCUUAGCGUGGGACAGCCCAGCAAUGGUGGAUGACUUCUUGGAUCUGCUCCCCUCUCUGGUGACAGCUGGAACUGCAGUGGAGCUUCUUCACACUCUGCUGGACCUGCCCUGUCUGUCUGCCACGCUGGUUUUACAAGUCAGGUCCACUUGUUUGCCCAUUUCUGAGGCUGGCAGCCGUGCCCUCCUGUCACUUGAUGCAUUUCGAAACCCAUCUUUCCGAGGGCUUUUCCUCUUCCUGCUUCGAGAAGAAGCAGGCUCAGGUGACACAAUCGACCGACUCAGCACGCUCCACGAGCUGCUGGCUGAGACAGCUGAUUGGCCGAGAGUUGUUCAGUGUGCCCAGAUUGUCCCUGUGCUGUUGCACAUUUUUUUCAACACAGUGAUCACGGUCGCUGACGAGAAGCUUUUAGCCCACUUGAUCCUGGUGAUGCUGGAGAGAAGCAGCCUCCUCCUCAACAUCCCGAAGUACCAUAAAGAGAUACACAGGGUGUUCAGCUGCCACCUGCUGAGGUUGUGCAAGCUCCACCCGUCUCUGGUAGUGGACCAGUCUCACGAGAUGCUGGAGUUCGCUGGAGCCACGGCCAACGUCUACAGCAAAGAAGAAAUCUACACACACGUGGUAUGGGUGCUGGGAGAGUACCUCUCUGUGUCAUGUGACUCUCGCUGCUCUGUGAGGCUCAUCACUUCCUGUUUUGAAGCGCUGGAGGCGGUGCUGUUUGAGAUCACCUCAUCUGCCCCACCACCUGGAGCGGCUUGCCCUGCUCCCAGAGCUGUCACCACUCUGAUGAGCUCUCUGGCUAAGCUGGCGUCACGAUCACAUGACCUCAUACCCAGGGUGUCUCUGUUCCUCUCCAAGCUAAGGACGGUAACUAGAGGCGCUCCAGUUGCCUGGUGCUCUGAUGAAGAGGACCUUGUUGCCAUAGUAACGCGAGGCGAGGAGCUGUGGUCGCUGCUGAAAGCCCCCGGUGUGGCGCAGAGCGUCCUGACCCCACCUCCACAUGUCACCACAGCCCAGUGGCACAGAGACAUCAACGUGGCCAUGCCCCAGCGACUGCGGGCGCUCACCAACCUCACACACAGACUUCCACACCACACGUCAUCAUUUUGAAUUCGCACUUAGAGAUUCUCUCAUGAAACAAGCAUCUCAAUAAAUCUUGUGAUUUUUGCACCUUAUUUUUGUAAAUA